AUGUGUGGGAAACAAGCCCCACUUGUUUUACGUAUUGAGCACCCGCCCCGAGAAUCAAGAUUUGCAGAUCAGUUUAGUGCAGCAUUGCAAGGCUGGCAUGCAAGACAUGGCGGGGGCGGGGGCCUCAAGACGAGGGGCUUUACAAAUAAUUCGAGUGCUCUUAAGUAUCUAUCUAUUGCCAGGACGUUGUGUGUGUGUUGCUGUGCUUUGUAA